GCUAUAAUUAACAUUAAAGGCACAUGUGAUUCUUUGUGUGUCAGAACAAAGAAUAAACUGAUCCGCUACUUCCAAAGAUACCCGUACCUCUUGAAAAUACAACUCAAGUUUGCUACUGAAAUGGCUGAAGGGACUACCACUACGAAAGAAGCUCUCAAGAAACUCGAUGAUAAACUCGAAUGCUCUGUUUGUUUCGAACCUUUCAAGCAGCCAAAACUUUUGCCUUGUUUUCACGUAUUUUGCAAGUCCCCGUGUCUGGAGAAGCUAGUGACCAAGGAUGGACGCUCCCUCACUUGUCCCACCUGUCGACACAUCGUCCCACUGUCAGAGAGGGGAGUGGCUGGACUGCAAUCAGAUUUCCACAUUGACCACUUGUUUGAGAUACAAGAUGCUUUCAACAAGGCCGAAAAGUCUACCCCAACACAUUGCGGUAGCUGUGAGGAAGAAGAAGCAAUUGCAUACUGUAAGGACUGUUCUCACUUCAUCUGUGAUACCUGCAAAAAUGCCCACUCAAAAAUGGCUAUUCUGAAGAGUCAUCAGAUUUUCACCCUUCAUGAGGUCAAAGAUGAAACUGCUAGCAUAAUACCCACUAAAGAGCUAGCACGAUGCUCCAAGCAUGACAAUAAAAAGUUGAAACUCUACUGUGAUACCUGUCAACUCUUGAUCUGCAGCCAUUGUACUUAUCGACUGCAUCAUGAUCACAAUUUCGAUCUGGUAACCGUGGUCUUCCCUAAACACAAAGAAGAACUUAUUUCUAGUCUCACACCCCUGAAAGAAAAGCUACUUCAUGUUCGUCAAGCACUAAACACAUUUGACAGCCUAGCCAAAAAAGUAAAUGAAAAAAGAGCAGCCCUCGAAACAAGCAUAAGAAAGGAGAUUGAAGAACAACAUCACAUUCUGGAACAGAGACAGGGGGAACUACUAGAUGCAUUACAAGAGCUGACACAACAGCAACUGAAAAGCCUGGCAGCACAGAGGGAUGAAGUGGAAAUCACUCAGGUGAAACUGACCAGCUGUCUCGAGUACGCUGAGGGGGGACUAGAAACAGGAACUGACGGUGAAAUACUGGAAAUGAAAGUGCCUGUACUAAAGAGAAUCGAACAAAUAUAUGCCGAAUAUAUACCAGACGAAACGUACCCAGAGCUAUUGACAGAUGUGGAAUUAGAGAUUGGGGACAGAAAAGAUCUCCAGCGAGUUUGCGCCAAGAACAUCAAGAUCAGUGAAAUAUGUCCUCAAUUCAAAGGUAAAGAAACUAAAACAAUGGUGUUUAACAUAUCGAACCCAAAGGCACCCCCUGCUGCUACAUUAGUGCAUAUAAACAGUGCAAGGAAAGCUCCGUGUAGGAUAGUGAAGCAACAAAAUGGCCAAUACAAUGUCACCUACAGAAACAGGGGGAAGCAUGAACUUCAUGUCACAGUCAAUGGACAUCAUGUGAAUGGUAGUCCAUUAACAUUGAAAGUAUCUCCAACACCGCAGAGUUUCUGCAAGCCAGUUAAAACCAUUUCCGCAGUAAGAAAACCGACAAGUUUAGCCGUUAACAGCAAGAGACAUACAAUCGUUACCAACGAAAGCUGUAUCUCCAUACUCACACAACAAGGCGACAAACUAAAAUCGUUUGGUACGCAUGGAUCAAAAGUUGGACAGUUUUCAAGUGUAUGCGGAGUGACUGUGGACAAAAAUGAUAAUAUUUACAUACUAGAAAACAAAAGCAAUCGUAUUCAAGCGUUCAGUUCUGACGGGAAAUAUAUGUCAACAUUCGGUAGCAAAUUCAGUGAUAAUCUGAAAAAUCCACACGGAAUUUGCUACAACCGAAGCGACAAUAGGCUGUAUGUGGCAGAUACCGGAAAUCACAAAAUCCACGUGUUCUCAACUGAUCUAGCACUGGUUAAAAGCUUUGGUUCGCACGGCAACAAUAAUGGGCAAUUUCAAAAUCCACGUAAUAUUGCAUUUGAUAGUGAUAACAAUCUGUAUGUGACAGAUUACAGUAACGAUCGAGUUCAAGUACUGACUGCCGAGGGACAGUUUCUGAGAGCAUUCUCGCAAAAAGCUGAUGGUGAAAAAUUGAAGAAUCCGUGGGCCAUAGCUAUCGACAGUGCUGACACAGUGUACGUAAGCGAAAAUGGACCAUUUUACGUCAGUGUCUUUUCAUCUCAAGGAAAUUACAUCACUUCAUUCACAUUAAAUGGGAACGAGGCACAGAUGGAACGCUCCUCCAUAUAUGGGCUCUUAAUUGACCACAAUGACUCACUAAUUGUUGCUGAGCAUAGCACGAAUUUCUUAAAAGUAUUCUAGACCAAACUGAACCAUUCAAACUGAACUAUUAUUACUCUACAGAAGAUUUCAGGUUGGUUGGCUCAAGUUA